GAACCAGCGCAUGCGCUCUGGGAUCUGGACGUACAGCUGACGGCGCUUGUGAGGUGCGGUGUUGGGGUUGAUAAGUAUUAGGAAAAAAAGUACAUCGAUCUGACAAAUUUAUAACAGAAACUCCAUAAUGACGGACAAUAAACGCCUCGCCUAUUCCAUCAUUCAGUUUUUACGUGAUCAGCUUCAAUCUGGAGAUCUGACUUCGGAUGCUCAGGAAAGCUUAGAGGUUGCAGUUCAGUGUUUGGAGACCGCAUUUAGCAUCUCAGUGGAUAAUGAGGAUCUUGCUGUGUCUCGGACACUCCCAGAGAUCUUCACGGCUGCUAUUAAUGAGGAGAUACCCAAUGUGGUUGUGGACCCUGUGCUUCACACUCCAACUGCUGAAGAUAUCUCAAAAGCUGAACUAUUGAAAACUGAAGGAAAUGAACAGAUGAAAAUAGAAAAUUAUCAGAGUGCUGUGGAUUACUACACAAAAGCUAUUGAAUUGAAUCCAAACAAUGCAGUUUACUUUUGCAAUAGGGCAGCAGCAUACAGUAAAUUAGGAAACUACAGUGGAGCAGUACAAGACUGUGAAAAGGCAAUAGCAUUUGACCCAUGCUACAGCAAAGCCUACGGCAGAAUGGGGUUGGCCUUGGCCAGUCUAAAUAAAUACAGUGAGGCAGUUAAUUACUAUAAAAAGGCUCUGGAGUUGGAUCCUGACAAUGAAUCAUACAAAGCAAACCUCAGUGUAGCAGAACAGAAGAUUAAGGAUGCACCAAGUCCAACAGGCAGCAGCGGUGGAUUUGAUCUGGCAGGUUUACUGAAUAAUCCAGGCUUCAUGAAUAUGGCAUCUAAUCUAAUGCAGAAUUCACAAGUACAGCAAUUAGUUUCUGGAAUGAUGUCUGGAUCUUAUGGUCCAGUAGGAGGAAGUGCAGGAGGUCCUGGAACAGGAGCCAAUGAUAUUGCAGGCCUCAUCCAAGCAGGGCAGCAGUUUGCACAGCAGAUGCAACAGCAAAACCCAGAGCUAAUUGAACAGUUGCGGAGCCAAAUCAGGAGCCGAACCCCCAGUGCCAGCAAUGAAGAACAGUCCUAACAGCAGACAAGGAGGCGUGAGCCAGUCCAACCCUUACUACUACUACCACUAGUUCUUCUGCAAGUCGAGAUUAUCUUUGCAACCAGGAACUCAAAAUAACGAUUUCUACUGUCACUUGCAUGUUCAGGCGAAUACUUGGGGUGAAGAGCCAGCAAGUUGUAAACAAGAAAUUGAAACAAAACUGGGGUUUCAGGCUUGCAAAAGCAUCUCAUCAACUUUUUGUGAAAUUCAUCUGUUGAGCUUUCUGUGAAUCUCCACGUUUUUUUUUAACCAGAAUUGUCACAGAGGAAUGUCUAGCUGCACUGUCAUUUCAGAUCAUCUGCCAACAUACAAGAUUCUUUUGUCUUUGGGGGAAAAAUCUACAGAACGAACAGCAGUGAUUAUAUACCUCGCCUUCUCACAAUAGUGGCAUUUUUGUUGAUAACUGGUACCGUUUAGCUGACAAAGCUUAAGAUUUUUUUUCUGUUGCCUGAAAUAUUUUUCCAGAAUUUUAGAAGAAUAGACCAGCAAGAGUCAGUGUUUAAAUUAAUACAACAUAUGGGAUGAUUAACAUCAUGUUUUUCAUUCAUGUAGAUUUUCAGAUUUUCUUUAAUUGUGUAUAAGAUUGUAUGAAAACGUCACACGUAUUUGUGAUUAGCUUUUUAAACAAAGAAAUGAACAUGAUCCUUAAGGUGACCCUGUGACAAUUGUUUGAAAUAUCACUCACAUCACCAGCUUGACAGCAAAAAUUAACUUCCAUUCUGUAGCUGAAAUAUUUAGGAAAUACUUUUACAUUGUGGCCCUUGGUGCAUGUAAAAGAAAAAGUUAACAAGUUAUUAAUCAAAAUCUAACUGUUCACUGUUAUGGUUAAGUUGUUGGCAGUACUGGGGGGUAAGUCUGAAGAAAUGGAGAUAGGUUGUUGGUCAGAGGUCCCAUUUGAUAAUCUCAACCACUUUAGACUACAGUGGCUGUUCUAUAUUGAACAAUGUCAUGUGCAGUGUUCUGCCUAUAGAGGUAAAAUAACUUCAAUUAUAGCGAUUGAUUAUAACUUGGUUGUAAAAAGGAUAAAAUUAAAUGAAGGUUCUUUUAUGUUAUAUGAACUAUUUCCAUUAAUUACUUUUCAAUUUCCUUAUUUUUCAAUUCACAACAGCUCUUCAUGGAAAUGUUUUGGUGUCCUCUUUGUGUUCAUAUAUUCAGCUUUUGCAAUGUGGAUAAAACAACAGCUAUUUUUGUGGACUGAAUCCAAUUUAAAAAUGCCAGUGAAAACUCCUAUGAAAAUUGGAUGCAUUCAGCCAUUAACAUUGGACUUGCUGCAUCACAGAAUACAAUCCAGAAAUUCUGAUUUUAAAAUUCUUAAAACCCCAUGUUAUGAAGAAUUAAAUUAAUCAGUUGCCAUAACUUGAUUUGUCAAAUUCCUUCCUACUUGUAAGUCAGUAAUGGUUCCAUGCCAAAGUACAGCAACAAAGGGGAAAUGUGUAAAACAUGCAUUGCAGAUUCCUCAGAUGGAGUUUUGAUUGCCAGAGGACCCCUUUUUCAAUGUUUCCGGGUUUGAAGAAGUAAUUGCAAAAGUUGUACACCCUCUACAAAACAAUAAAUUUCUGGUAGUGCACUGCAAAUGAUUCUAUAAAACGAACUUGUCAAUUAUCCUUAUCCAUGGUGUGAUGAAUUGUUAUUAUUAGCCAUCCUUCCACAAGUUAAUACUUAAGCAAGGAUGGUAGUCUUCCCAUUUAUAAUAAUGAAGGAUAGUACUUUCCCAUAGAAUACUACUGUUCCCAGAAUAUUCUGCUGAUUUAAUAUUUUUAAUGUAUUUGAAUUGCAGGAACUUUGUACAUUGUAUUAUUUAAAUAAAAAGUUUAGGAGGGGCAUUGUUCAUUUAAUCCACACAAGAAUACAGUGCUAUCAAACUGUCACCAGUCAGGAUCUCGUUAAGUACAACAAUAACAGAUAAAGUUCUAUACGGAAGUUCGCUCUGUGUGUUGUGGUGUUUCUGUUUAGAAAAUGGUUCCUUUUUAUGUUGCAUAUAGCUUUACAUCCUAGCCUUGUUCAUUUCCACUCCAAUUUCAACACAUUUUAAAAGGUUGUGAAUCAAAAUGCAAUUUAGAAGGUUACAAAUUCUGGUCACACUAUAGUAACACACUGAGCAUUUUUGAAAUUUCCUUCCUAUUUUGUUUUGCUAAAAGUCUUUAAAUUUUACCACAAAAAUCACUAAGUCGGGUGCAAGAAUUCUGAAUGAUUUGUUUGUCCACUGCUCCCUCCCAGAGUAAAGGCAAUGAAGAGAAUAGUGGGAUAUAUGGCAUUAAAAAAACAGAAACUAUAAAUUGUUACAUUUUACUAGCAUAAUGAAGAUGAGGAAAUAGCGGAUAUCGGAGCAGUGAAAUCUGUUGCCAAGAGAUGUGCAUAAAUCAUUGAAAGAAAACAAUUUCUGUUUUAAAAUAAACAUGGAUUUCUGGCUUUCACAACAGGUAUAAUGUCUGCAAGAGCAAAUCAAGAUACACAUUUAGUAAGAACUAAUUCACCCACAGUGGGGCUACUGUGCCCAGUUCUGUGAACCAUGCAGAAGAGGAGAGUGCAAUUUACUGGAUUAAUGUUGUGAACGCCUUGCUUCCAUGCAGUACCCUUGUUCCAUUACGUGGAAAUGAUUUUCUUUAAUGAGAAAUUCAAUAUCUGUUACUUGCAUUUUUGUCAAAUAUUAAGAGAUUCAGAAUAAAAUAACAUCAAGGCACAAAUCAUCAGAUG